GGGGGGAGAGAAAGAAACAAAAAUGUGAGAAAGACACAUCAAUUGGUUGCCUCCCGAACAUGCCCCAGCCGAGGGGCUGGGGAUUGAACCUGCAACCCAGGUAUGUGCCCUUGACUGGGAAUUGAACCCAUGACUCUUCAGUUCAUGGGCCAACACUCUAACCACUGAACUGCACUGGUCAGGGCUAUGUUGCCUUCUUUUAUAAAAGCUUAAACUAUCUUAACUGUCCAAUAAAGACAGUAAUACAGCUUGGCAAGGAUUUUUAUUGAGGCAAAAAUGACGGAAGCACAGUGAUUCAGCCAUUUGCAUCUGGAUUUAGGUCCUUCCACCUCUCAAGAGUGGGUAUCUAAGGGAGGGUGUGUGUCUGAAAGAUUAAUGCAAAGUGCUUUCUAUAUGUUUCACUCAGUCACCAAGAAACUUCAAUGGAACUAACUAAUACUGUAUGCCUUUUACAGUGGAGGAAAGGAGGGAUUGUCAUUUGCCCAAGGUUACAGAGGCUAGUCUUUCCAUUGAGCUUUUUGCUUUUAAAGCUGAAAAUGCCAGGGACCUUGGCAUGUAGUUAGUUGAAAAGAAAUUCCAACUUGAGUUGAAUGGAUAUUGGAUUAGUUAAUUUUACUGGGAAUGAAAAUGAAUGAUGGCCUUAAAGCCUUUUUUGAAACUUUGGAUUUAGUAUUGCUAGAAUUAGUUAUUUGACAAGAUAAGUACUUAACAAAUUUGGUAUCUCUGACAACCUUUGAUAAUUCUGAUAAUUGUGCUACCUUUUAAAGACUAAGUGAUGGAUUCAAGGAUGUAUUUUAAGAGUUUUAAGAAUUGAGGUAAAAUUCACAGUGAAAUGCAGACCUUAAAUUGAGUAAGUUUUGAUAAAUGCAUAAUCCGUGUAACACACACUCCAACCAGUAGAAUUUAUCUGUCAUCCCCAAAAGUUCCCGGGUGCCUCUUCCCAAUCACCUGCUCCCAGAGGCCACCAGUAUGCUGUGAUUUCUAUUACCAUAUUAGUUUUGUCUGUUAAAGAAAACCAAAUGGUACACGGUGUUGCACAUCAUAGUGUACUCAAAAACAACCAUAAGUGUUGAACAAGGUGGAAGUCUAUCCUCUUAAAACGAUCUUAACCUGCAGAUCAGAGUUUUUAAAAUGUGAAUUUAAAAUUAAUUAAAUAAUCAACCCUGGCUCCUGAGAAAGAAAAACAAGUUCACCUUACCUGAACUGUUUUCUUUUAAAACUCUUCCAUAACAUUUGGGAAACCAUGUUUACAACCCACCAGUUAGUCACUUCAAUGGCUUACUUUGUGCUCCCCCAGAAGAAAAUGACCCGGUAGAGAAGUGAUUAAAUCUGAAAAGUCAGGAGACUGCUGGCUCGCCCUUAAAGCCCGGGUCCCACCUGCGGGCUAAGGGUGUGUGUGCAUUGGCGGGGUCUGGGCCCCCUCCUGCUGGCCCCGGCGGUCCGCGCGCGUUUCCUGGGGGGUUUCCUGUUCCCAGCGGGGCGCAGGCAGGAAAGGAUGCGCCGCCCUGGACACGGGGCGGGCCUCGCCGGCUCGCGCAGGCCCCCGCCCUCUGAGUGCCGCCCACCCCGCGCUGUCGGAGGCGGGUCCGGGUGGGGCUGCGGUCGGCGAGCCGCCGGGCUAGGGCGCGCAGUCUCGGGGCGCAGGAUGCUUCGCGCACUACCUCGCGGGCCCUGAGGCUUCUGGCCCGCGCUCUCCUCGCCACCACGCGCCGCUGCUCCCGCCAGUCCCGAGAGGUAAGAGCCGUCCGCGCGCCCCGGCAGGCGUUCCUGUGCCGCGGGAACUUCCCCGACCCUGUCGCCUCCAAUCUCCCCGCAGCCCGAAAGCACAGUUGAGAUGUGAGAAAGGACAUGAGGAGAUCAAAGACCUGGAAUUUUGCUGAUCAGAAUGAAACAAAUGUUGAAAGACUUUUCAAAUCUAUUGUUGGUGGUGCUCUGUGACUGUGUUCUUGGAGAAGCUGAUUAUCUCCUCUUGGGAGAGCCAGGACAUGUAGCACUAAGCAACACCACAGUGUCUGUGGAUUUCCAGUAUUUUGAUGGUGCUAAUGGGACCCUGAGGAAUGUAUCUGUGCUGUUGCUGGAGGCUAACACCAAUCAGACUGUGACCACCAAAUACCUCCUGACCAACCAGUCCCAGGGGACACUCGAGUUUGAAUGCUUCUACUUCAAGGAGGCUGGCGACUACUGGUUCACAAUGACUCAGGGAGUGACAGACAGCAGCACUCCAGUUCCCUGGUGGGAGAAAAGUGCCUUUCUGAAGGUGGAAUGGCCCAUCUUUCAGGUUGAUCUGAAUAGGACAUCCAGAGCAGCAGAAGGCACCUUCCAGGUGGGCCUUUUCACCAAUCAACCACUAUGCCUGUUCCCUGUGGACAAGCCCGACAUCUUGGUGGAUGUCAUCUUCACCAACAGUCUUCCUGAGGCAAGAACAAGUCAGGAACAACCACUGGAGAUAAAAACCAGCAAGAGGACAGAACUCUCUCAAGGUCAGUGGGUUGAGUUUGGCUGUGCACCUGUGGGGCCAGAAGCCUAUGUCACCGUGGUGCUGAAGUUGUUUGGCCGAGACUCAGUCAUUACCUCCAUAGGACCGAUUGACCUGGCCCAGAAAUUUGGAUACAAAUUGGUGAUGGUGCCAGAACUCACAUGUGCAUCCCGGGUGGAGGUGAUGGUGCUGCCCCCACCAUGCAUCUUCGUCCAAGGAGUGAUUGCUGUCUUCAAGGAGGCCCCCAGACGUCCUGGGGAAAAGACCAUCCGCCUGGCUGAAAACAGACUGACUUUGGGACAGAGGAGAACAGUUUUUAAUUGCACUUUGUUCGACAUGGGGAGGAAUAAAUACUGCUUUGACUUGGGCAUUUCAAGCAGAAGCCAGUUUUCCACAAAGGAGAAGGAGUGCAUGCUAAUUCAGAGAAAUAUAGAAACUUGGGGACUGUGGCAGCCGUGGAGCCAGUGUAGUGCCACGUGUGGGGAUGGUGUCAGAGAGCGUCGCCGCCUGUGCCUGACUUCCUUCCCCUCCAGACCUGGUUGCCCUGGAAUGUCCUCGGAGACCUCCCGGUGUUCCCUGGAGGAGUGUGCUGUUUUCCAGCCAUCUAGUCCAUCUCCUCUUCAGCCCCAGGGUCCAGUGAAGCCCAACAACAUUGUGACGGUCACUGGGAUAUCCCUGUGCUUGUUCAUCAUCGUUGCCACCGUCCUCGUCACGCUGUGGAGGAAGUUUGGCCGUCCCCCGAAGUGUGGCACCCCUGCCCGACACAAUUCCAUCCACUCCCCAAGCUUCCGGAAGAACUCCGACGAGGAGAACAUCUGUGAGCUGAGCGAGCAGCGUGGGAGCUUCUCGGAUGCAGGUGACGGGCCCUCGGGGAGCCCGGGGGACAUGGGCAUCCCCCUGACCUACAGGCAGAGUGUGCCAGUGACUCCUGAGGACGAGGCCUCUGGCAGUGAGAGCUUCCAAUCCAAUGCCCAGAAGAUAAUCCCCCCUCUAUUUAGCUACCGGCUUGCCCAGCAGCAGUUGAAGGAGAUGAAGAAGAAAGGCCUGACCGAGACCACCAAAGUGUACCACGUGUCUCAGAGUCCCCUGACAGACACCGCCAUCGAUGCUGCCACGCUGCCCUCAGACCUGCCCUUAGACCCAGAGAGCCCAGAGGACGCUGCAGCAAACAAGUUCCGGAUCAAAUCCCCCUUUCUGGAGCAGCCUGCAGUGGGCGCGGGGGAGAGGCCUCCCUCCAGGCUGGAUGUGCCUGUCUCUCAGGCCAGUUGUGCUGUAAGCCCCAGCCAGACCCUAAUCCGCAAGUCACAGAUGAGGCACGUGGGCAGCCGAGGGGGGCUGUCGGAGAGAAGCCACCCCAGGAGUUUUCAUUUCAGGAGGACGGCCAGUUUCCACGAAACCAAGCAGGCCCGGCCAUUCAGGGAGAGGAGCAUGUCCACGCUGACGCCCCGGCAGGCCCCGGCCUACAGUGCGAGGACGCGGCCCUGGGACCAGGCCGAAGGCAGAUUUAGACCUCAGAGUCGAGGUGCUGCCCUAUUUCCUGAGAAACGGGACCAUUUCCAAGGAGCAAGUGGAACCAGUGCUCCAUUAAGCUCUCUCCCUAAAUCCUGCACCUUCAGGCAGCCCAUGAGGAAACCAGACCUAGGGUUUCGCCAGGCAGGAUUAGUGGCGGGAGGUGAGAGAGCAGAGCCUCCCAGAGCUCGGAGGGGCCCGUCCCCCAGUCAAAGGAGUGUCUCAAGGAAGCAGCCUUCACCCACUGCUCCCAAAGAUAGCUACCACAGGGUGAGCCCUCUGAGCCCUCCUCAAUGUAGAAAAGACAGGUGUCAGAGCUUCCCGGCUCACCCAGAGUUCGCCUUCUAUGACAACACGUCAUUCGGCCUCACUGAGGCGGAGCAGAGGAUGCUAGACCUCCCCGGAUAUUUUGGGUCAAACGAGGAGGAUGAAACCACAAGUACACUCAGCAUGGAGAAGCUGGUCAUCUAGUCCAAGCUCAGCCUGAGACUUUACACACUGGUGUCCUUUGCCCAGCUCGUGUUAUCAGCUGCUCAUGUUAUUCUGUGGAUUGUUUCGUAUAACUACAGUAGGACAGAAUGUAGGCAGGAAGUAACGUCUGUGUGCAUGCAUUGUAAUUCAUAAGAAAGAGGUUAUUUAUCCUGAAUUUUUUCCUUUGUUAUCCUAUUUCUAUUGGUUUAUUGCUAAUAACUACAAUAAUAAAAUUUGAACGAGUGAAAUAGG